CUGAUUAAUUAGUGAUAGAAUUGUUUAUGACCACAUGAACAAAAGCGGAGUACAGCUUUUAUAGCAUAUGUACAGAUCAGUUAAUAGAUUUUUUUUCAAGAUUUUUAUUGGCCUGACUUCCAAUCAAAGCAAUCAACAUAUUUAUCAGUAGCAAUAUAACAGUGAACUGAAAUGGUUGGUUUUGUACAAGUCAUCCUGCUGCUUCUUGCAGGACAGCCUUUAACUUACGGAGAAACUGUAAAAAAAUCAGAUUUCCCAGAUGGGUUUUUGUUUGGAGUAUCUACAUCCUCCUAUCAAAUAGAAGGGGCAUAUCUUGAAGAUGGUAAAAGUCUCAACAAUUGGGAUGUUUUUGCUCUUUCUCCAGGUAAUAUUGAAAAUGGUGAAAAUGGAUUCAUAGCUGAUGAUCAUUAUCAUCGAUAUCUGAAAGAUAUUGAGACCAUAGAAUCACUUGGUGUGGAUGCUUAUCGGUUCUCUAUUUCAUGGGCAAGAGUUCUUCCAAGAGGAAGGUUUGGUGAAGUUAAUCAAAACGGAAUUAUGUUCUAUAACAAGAUUUUGGAUAAUCUCUUAGUCAGAGGAAUCAAACCAUUUGUUACGAUUCACCAUGAUGAUUUUCCUCAAGAACUUCAAGAUAGAUAUGGGUCCUGGCUUAGCCCGUUAAUGCAGGAAGAUUAUGUCCACUUUGCCGAAACAUGCUUCAAGAACUUUGGUGACCGAGUGAAGCAUUGGAUCACUAUCAAUGAACCAAACUUGGUUGCACAAAUGGGAUACCAGAAUGGUAAGUAUCCACCUGGUCGAUGUUCACAACCGUUUGGCAAUUGUUCAGCAGGAAAUUCUGACAUCGAGCCUCUAAUUGUGAUGCAUAACCUGUUAUUGGCACAUGGCAAAGCUGUCAAGCUAUAUCGCAUCGAUUAUCAGCGUGAGCAAAAAGGGUUAGUCGGGAUUGUUUUAAAUUGUUUAAUGUAUGAGCCUCUAACUGAUGACGAUCUAGAUCAAGAAGCCUCUGCUAGGGCUUUGGCUUUCGAUAUCGGCUGGGUGUUGGAUCCACUAAUAUUUGGUGAUUACCCUUCGGAAAUGCGCAAGUAUCUUGGAAAUCAGCUGCCAAGAUUUUCUAUUACAGAAAAAAACUUUAUAAAAGAUGGUAUUGACUUUAUUGGAGUCAAUCAUUACACAACUCAAUAUGCAAAAGAUUGCAUUUAUUCUAGCUGCAGUUUGACUGGAAAUAGAGCUAUUAAAGGUUUUGUGGAUGCAACAAGCGAACGAGAUGGCAUUCGAAUCGGUGAAUCUACAGGUAUAGAAAUAAUGCGGGUCGUUCCAAGAGGCAUUGGAGAAAUGAUAGACUAUCUAAAAAUUAGAUACAACAACAAACCCAUGUUUGUCACUGAAAAUGGGUAUUCUGAACCAGGAGUACAAGAUCAAGUUGAAAUUAUACUUCAAGAUGACAAGCGGGUGGAAUUUCACAACAUGUACAUGUCAUCGCUGGCCCAAGCGAUAAGGGAUGGUGCCGAUGUAAGAGGCUAUUUUGUGUGGACCUUGAUAGAUGCUUUUGAAUGGUUUCAUGGGUACGCUCCCAGAUUUGGGUUAUACUACGUUGAUCGGAAAACACUUACUCGGAUCCCUAAGUUGUCUGCAAGAUGGUAUCAAAAUUUCUUGAAAAAUAAUACACAAGCACUAGGAAUUCAAGUAGCAGAUACAUAAAAAUUUGUUUAGACAGACUAUUUCAUUUUGUAACCUGUGUUGUCUCAUAUAUAGAGGUUGCCAACUUGCCAUUACUAUUACAUUAAAAUUUAUUUGGCAUUUUGUUUAUGGUACAUGAUAAGUUCUGUUA